CCAUCACCUGCCGCCGUUUGGUGCUCCGCGAGAGCAUCAGCGCCACGACGACCAACUCGCUUCUGACCCAACACUUCGAUCUGACAGGAAUACCCAACGCACACCCUCUCCUCACCUUUGCCUAUAGACGGGUAAAAGCUAGCUUUUAUCGAUCUGACACCAUAAUCACCCCGCCGUCGAUAGCUAGCCGCCGAUCACCUCGGCAGCUGGGAGGCGGAUCGAGGCUCGAGGACGACCGUGUUCGAACCGAUCCGGCCACAGCACAACAAUCCGCCUCGUCGACCACGAAACCAUUGGGGCGGGGCGGGCUCUAAGCUCCCGCCUUGCCGCCGACUACGAUGCUUUCCCCUGCCCGAGCGCUCACGCCGUCGCUGCGCUUGAGUCGCAAUGCUCUGAGGCGGGUUGGUCGGCCACCGCCAUGUUGCAUAUGCCGUCGCCACCUGUCCUCCUCCCGGCCGCUCGAAACUUCAAAGCAAACGCCAGACUUCAACUCUGGCUUCACUGGAAGCUAUGAUCCCACAAUGGAGGGAGGCCGCGGCCCCAUGUUUAACAAGACCAACUUCGGCGUUCCGCAGUUUUAUCCCCGAGACCUCAAGAAACGCGUCGAUGAAUACGUUGUUGGCCAGGACCGGGCCAAGAAAACGAUAUGCGCGACGCUGUUCAACCACUAUCAGACCCUGCGCCGAAGACAUCAGUACGAGCAUGAGGAUAGGAACGUCCAGGAGAAGCUCCUGCGGCAACGGUUCGCCCGAGACAGAGAGCUGCACCAGAGACGCCGCGACGCGCACCCAGUCGAAGAUGAGUUCCCGGGCCAUCACGAAUCCGUCAGGUCGCUGUACGAUGUCAACCCCGCGUUCGAGGAUGACCCGCUCGACCACCUGUACACCCCGGAGGACAUAUCCAAGCCCGAGCACGUCAAGAUUGACAAGAGCAACCUCUUGUUGAUUGGGCCGACAGGGGUCGGCAAGACCUAUAUUCUGGAGACAUUGAGCAAGAAGAUACAUGUGCCUUUUACAAUCUGCGACUGCAACUCGCUUACUCAAGCAGGAUACAUCGGACAGGACGUAGAGACGUGUAUCGAGCGUCUUCUCAUCGAGGCCAACUAUGACAUCAAGGCGGCAGAAUACGGCAUCGUCGUGUUGGACGAAUUUGACAAGCUCGCACGAAGGGAAUCUCCCACCGGCCGAGAUGUUGGCGGCGAGGGCGUGCAGCAAGCUUUGUUGAAGCUUGUGGAGGGAACCAAGGUCACCAUCAAUGUCAAGGACAAUCGGUCUUCGCGGUCCACCCCUCCAAUCACAACCAACUAUAGCUCAUCCGGAUCGUCAUCAUCAUCCCCCCAACCUCUCCCCCCCGGAGGCAAGGUCGACCAAUAUACCAUCGACACUACCAACAUACUCUUCAUCUUUUGUGGCGCUUUUGUCGGACUUGACAAGACCGUCGUGCAGCGAGUUGCCAAGCCUUCCAUGGGGUUCGGAGGAGAGGUCAAGGGCCGCUCCACCAUGUCCGGCAGCCGGCAUGUGCUGCCUCCGGAAGCCUUUACGCAUCUUGCGCAUCACGACCCUGCGUCAGCACCCUCCUUUACUCCCAUGGACCUAGCCACGCCUGCGGACCUUCAAAGCUUCGGGUUCAUACCUGAACUGAUUGGGCGUCUGCACAACAUAUGUGCCCUGAGCCCGCUCUCCCGUGACGACUUAUACCGAAUCUUGACGGAACCACGCAACAGCCUAGUCGCACAGUACACUGCGCUGUUUGAGACGUAUCCGUCUCGGUUGUACUUUACAGACAAGGCGCUCUACGCAAUAGCCGAGCGAGCCGCGGCCGCCGAGACGGGUGCGAGAGGUCUCAAGAUGGAGAUGGAGCGGAUAUUGGCGGAGCCAAUGUUUGACGCGCCAACUCCCUAUGUUCUGGUCACAGAGGGCUGCGUCAAGGGGAUGGAGAAGGCCUUGUACUGGGGCAAGGAUGGCCGCUUCGAGCUGGAUAGACGCUUGGAGGAAGAGGAAGCGCACCGCGCCGGCCCCACGCCCCAAGUGACGUUCGAGCGGCUGAGGGAGGCCGGGCAGAGUGGGGGCUGAUGCGGUGCGAAGCUGCAAGGCGCUCUGAUUCAACUGCUUGUUGCUGAAUUCGCGGCGUUGAGGUUGGCAGCUUGUGACCUUCAACGGGUUCGCCCCGGCGAGGUUGGGUAUUCGCGUUCGCAUACCCUGGCAUCUAGGACUGACUCUACAUCAAUGCAUCCAUGACGGAUAUUGGGGGGAAAAAGACUUGAGUUCCAUCGUUGUAGUACAGUAUUUACAACCGCUAAACACGU